UACAGUUAGCAGACGCAUUCAGAUAAAGAGGCACUUGGAGGGAUCGCUUCGUCUGCUGUCAGGAUUGAUCAUCGAGUUGUUGCAUUAUUUUUGGAUUCAAUUAUUUGAAAAAGAAUGCAGCUAAUAAGGGUAUCAAUGAUCCUCGCGUGUUGUUUUUUUAUUUUGAGUACCGUGUCGACAGCACCAUCACCGCAAUCCGAAGAACCCUUCUUCGAAUUACCCGUUCAGCUGGUAGGUUUCCCAGUGAUCAUUGCAGCAGUACGCAUCACCAAUUUCGUGAAAAAACUAGCAUACUCACUAAAUCCACAAACCUACAAGAGUCGUACGAAGAGGACUUUGCCGAGACUACACGAUGAGGAAAUACUCGAUGUCGAUACUGUUGAAAAGAAGUUGGUAGCUGAACUUGGAGAAAAUGUUUGCCUCUAUGAGAGAAUUUGUGCUAAAUACGCUGAGACAACUCUUCAAAGAAGAAGCCGCGCUCGUGCACUUGAAUGGGACCUGAUAUUCGGUGAAUAUAAAUCUUCACCGGAUAUCAUGAAGGAGAACUACCUAUUGAGCGUAUUCCUGGGCGACAUCAUCGGCAGUCCACGGCUUUGUCAUCAGCUGGCGAAACGCGGAAGAGAAUGCAGCAUUCCUUUGUCAGAUUGA